AUGUUAUUAUGUUUAUUUUUAUUGAAUAAAAUAUUGUUAUUAUUGUUAUUAUUAUUAUUGUCACCAUUAUUGUUAUCAUGCAGACAAUUUCAAAGCAACGGUUACAUGUUAAUCCAUAUAAGAAACAUCAAAAAAAUAACAACAUCGAGAAAAUUAUGUGAAUAUGACAAAUAUAUACCUAAUUAUGAUAAUGAUCCUGAGAUGAAAGAAGUAAUGGAAAAAUAUAAUGAACGAUUAGCAAUAAGAUGGAAAGAAUAUGAUGAAUUAAAGAAAGAAAAAGAAAGAAAAUAUAAAGAACAAUACGAUAAAGAUAUAAAAGAAAUUAUUUUAAAAGACAAAAUAGAAAAACAACUAACAAAACAAUUAUCAGCAUUAGACAAAUUUACUGAUAUAGACGAUUUAGCUAAAGGUAUAUACGAAAAAAGGGUAGCAACAAAAACGAAAAAAGGUUAUAAAAAAUCCAAGAAAACAUUAGGUGAUACAUUAACAGAAUGGAACAUUUUACCUAAUAUUGAUAUGUAUGAAUGGAUACCUUUUUCAUCUAAGGAAGCAAAAAUUGAUUGUAAUAUAAAAAAUAUGAAACAUGCUAUUACUAAAGUUGGUUAUAUAGGUCCUAAUAAAUUUACUUCUCUUGGUAAAAAGGAUGGAAAUUAUACUACUGAACUUGUUCCCGUAUUUACUUCUAUUAUGAGUUCUUCUAAUGCGUUCAUUCAAAGAUAUAUAGGGGAUGAUAUAACAUCCAAUGGUAGUAAUUUUAAAAAUAGUAGUAUUUCAUCAAUUUUUAUUUACGCUUUAUGGGAAUUUUUAGAGCAUAUCGUAGCCCCUGUUAUUGCUAGUCUUUUUUUAGGAGGUAAUGGUAAUGGAGAAGAACAGGGAAGUAAAUGUUCAAAUGAGUGUAAGUGUAAAUGUACAGGAUCGUCUUGUUGUACAGUUACAUGUAAGGGAAAAUGUGCUUGCGUGUGUGCAAAUACAGCUACAGCAAAAUGUUGUUGUACGUGUACAAGUGGAGGUGUAUGCUCAAAUUUAUGUAAAUGUACAUGUGAACAUUCAGGUAUUGGGACAUUUUUUAAUAAUUUUCUGCAUUAUUUUGAUCAACUUUCAACACCCUUUUUUGCAUUUUAUAUUAUAGCUUCCAUACUAUUAAUUCUUUAUUAUAUUUUAAAAUAUUAUAGAAAUUUAAAAAUGGAGAAAAAAGAGAAAUAUUUGAAAAUAUUACAAGAUUAA